GCAGCCCAUAUAGGAUACCUUCACUGCGUGGAGUGCGUGUGCAUGUGCGUCUGGGUCUAAAUGUGUAAGUUCGCGCACGGCAAAGCCCCGGGCUCCGUCCUCAACAGUUGCCACCGGAGCGGAGGAGAGGAGCGGAGGAGAGCGAGGGAGACAGCGGACUGAGGACGGACGGACGGAGCCCCUCUGCACGCCGCUUCUGCCCGGCUCUGCUCCUGACAUGCAGUCGCUCAUCUCUCCGGUGACAAAGGCCAUCCUCGUCGCGCUCUUCAUCUUCGCCAUACUCCUCAUUCUCUAUGUGAUCCUCUGGUACAUUUGCAGAGACGUGGACUGCGACCACGGCAUCUGAGGACUCCGUUCAUAAAAACGGGAAUAACGGGGAUUUCGCGAUGGGGCGCGCAGCGGAGCCCAGGGUCAUCCCAUCCUGACAGACAUGUUUUCUCUCCGGUCUCAUCUUCUCCCUGUGAUCAGACUCUACCUGCUCGGUCUGAAGGAGCUGCUGGUCCAGAUGUUCACCACAGCUUUCAGGCUGCCAGUGAUGCCCAGACAAGAUGGCAAGGUUGCCAUAGUGACAGGAGGAGGCAGGGGAAUCGGCUAUGAGGUAGUCCGCCACAUGGCCAGACUGGGCGUGCACGUUAUCAUAGGUGGAAGGGAUGAGCGUGAGGGCCUGGCAGCCGUCAGAAAGAUCUGUGAGGAGUAUAAACAGGCCAAAGUCGAGUUCAAGGAGCUGGACCUCGCCUCUUUGCAGUCUGUCCAUCAAUUUGUCCAAAGCUUCAAGCAACAGGGCCUGCCACUAAACAUUCUGAUCAAUAAUGCGGGUGUCAUGCUGGUUCCCGAAGGCCGCACUGAAGAUGGAUUUGAGCAGCACUUCGGGGUGAACUACCUGGGUCACUUCCUACUGACCUGGCUGCUCCUGGACACACUCAAGGAUUCUGGGAUGUCUGGUCCUUUCUCUCGUGUGGUAAACGUCUCCUCCUCCGUCCACCGCAUCGGCGAUGUCAGACUUAACGAUUUAAAUAGCCGCCAGUGUUAUUCAGCCCAUGCUGCUUACUGUCACAGUAAACUGGCCCAGCUAGUAUUUAGCUCCCACCUCGAACAGGAGCUGCAGCUCGGAGGCUUCCCAGUGACUUCAUGUGCUGUGGAUCCCGGCAUGGUGGACACUGCUCUGUACUGCCACCUCUGGACGCCCCUCCGCCUGGUACACAGCGCCCUAGCUCCCCUGCUUUUAAAGACCCCUGUAGAGGGCGCUGCCACUGUGUUGCACGCUGCCCUAGCACCAGCCCUGGAGGGGGAGUGUGGAGGAAGCUACUGGGCCAAUGGGUGCAGGGAGAUGACAACACCGCCGACCUUUGACCCCCAGCUCAAGCUGAGCCUCUGGGAGACCAGUCUUCAGUUGCUGGGCCUGCAGUAGCACGAAAACAAAAGGCGACCAACAGGACUCCUCUCCGAAGAAAACAGACACAGACCCUUAACUCGGACAAACCAGCCGCCUCCCUCUUCCUCUUCCUCUUCCUCCCUUUUUCUCUCCGUCCGUACCUCACAUCGAGGUGUUUGUACCGAUUUAUUUUGACAAUCUUGCAAUCCACCGCUGGACUGUGAUUGGUUAUUUGGGAAGGCAAGACCUUGCUUUUUGUUCCAGACCCGCCAAAGAAGGGCUACAGGGGAUGGAAGACAUGUUUUUUGUUUUUCACUGUGAGCAAGCAAACAUAUGCACAUGUAUUAACACACUUGAGGGUUAGAUGGAUAUAUAAUUGUGCGGUCAUAGAUACUGGGAAGUUAACAUCAGAUUAUUUCCUGAUUUUAGCAAACAUCAGAUAUCUAGCCAGAGAAACCGUUAUGUUGACGUAUUCAAAAAACACCUGCUCCACUCUGCCUUAAAGUCAUCAGUCUGGAUUUCAAUAAAGACUUUCAAAAUACUUAAAUCAUUUUUCAGAGGUUUUACAAUGCAGAUAUUGAAUUAUUAUAACAUUAAAAUUAGGUUUAUGGAGAUAGAUUAAAAAGCGAAAUUCUGGCUGCAAAAUCACAUGUAGGUCAGACCCUCACACACACACACACACACACACACACACACACACACUCACACAUACACCAUGACAAUGAUUAGAUUCUUUAGAUCCGAACCCUGGUUUGGGCAGAGGAAUGUGAUGUCAUCACUUUGCUUUGACACAUCGUAAUGGUUUUCGCAGCUCAUGUCUUCAUCCCCUCCCGUUUUACAGGGAGCACCUUGUUCUUUUUAUUACACUCUUGUGCUUUUACUGGUUAGUGCUGUACUGAGUCCUCAUGUUAACUGCUGGUCGUAGUCGUGUGUGAUAAGCUGUGUUUUGAAGAUGCUUGGAAAACGUCAUCAUCAGCUCCUCUGUCCUUUGUCCCUCUUCAACUCAGCAAUCCAACAAAAAACAUUCCUACAGACUGAAGGGGGAUUUGGGAAAACCCUGAAAUAAAGAAGAGAUCCCAUGCAAAAGUAGGGAAGAUUUGGAAUGAUCUCCUCUAUAGACUUGACAAUGACACGUUUCUUUUUAUUUUGGAGAGAUUUGUCUGAGGACAGGAUUUUCAGAUGUUUCUGUAUUUGUCUGCUCAGAAACAAAGAAAAGGGAAGGACGUGGAACCACCCUCCACUUCGCUCUGAAUCAGCCCCGGUUUUCCUUUGUGAUCAGUGUUAAUCGGUUUAACUGCGCCUGUGAUAGAUGUGUUUGUGCUUUAUGCACAUGAGUUAAGUAUUGACUCAUGCUAUAGACCCAAAUCAUUUGAAAGAUAGCACAACAAUGACCGGUCCAGGAGGAACAGCAACAGAAAGGAGAGCGAGGGAAAUCACUUUUUUUCCAUAAUUCAAGCUGUUAUUGGUUCCUCAUUGCUGCUGCUGCUGCUGCUUCUGCUUCCUCAUUUGGCGCCGCUCCCAGUGCAUUGUGGGAUUCAGAUUUCCCAGUGGUGAGAAUCAAACUCCAUCUGCUGAGUUGACACACACACUCACGCUCAAACAUUGGAUGCAGUACUGUAUAUCCAGGCACGGGCUUAUCUAAACAAGCACACAGCAUGUCUGUCUCUCAUUCAGGAAAACACUCACCUACACACACACACAAACAUAUAACACACAGCCAUAACGCCAUUGCCACUGUGAUGAACCAUUUUAGCUGUGAAGAUGAAGAGUUUUAUCUCAAACUGACAAGUUUUGGCUAAAAAUCCUUCCCCCACGUGCCAUCCCAUUGCUGUAUCUGUUGGAUGUGUGUGUUGUUGCUUUUAACACUGCCACUGAGCGUCCAGCGUUCAUCAUGAUGCCGUAUGUGAAGCAAUAGUAUCACUCUGGUGCUGUAGCUCAUUCAGCCAGUAGCACAGAGCAGGACAUUCAGACCCGGGUAAGAGCCUGGGACGCUGACAUUGUAUCAAAGAAAAACUAAAACACUCAUGUUACGUAAAUAUCCGAAAUUCUAAAUUUCUUUGUUGACAUUAAAGUGCAUUCUUUUCAAAAAUUAAAUUAAAAAAUUCUCCUCAAUUUCACAACCAGUUUGACAACCUGUAAUUGGUCUGGUUCAUGUGAUAUGAUUACCAGUGAUGGCUCACCUUAGCACAUGGACCUGGUACAAAUGACAUGACCAUAUAAAAUUGACAAAGAUUACCUAAAAGCUCCAUCAAGCAGCCAACCAUCAUUGAAUGGACUGUAGGGCCAUGUGCUGCAGAUUUGAUCUUGUUAUGUUGACACAUGGACUCUGUGGGUCCAUUUUUAGACUAAUGCAUUGUCCAUGUCAUAAAGUGUUGAAGAGGGCAGUGUUGUUGUUUGUUAAAAAUACAUCACUGCAGGCUUUGAAUCUGGGUUGAAUUGGUCUUUAAUCGCGGAUUAAGGCUGGUUUGAGAUGUAUUCAGGCAAAUAUAUAAAUUAUGUAUAUUCUAUAUAUUAUAAUAUCAUAAUUACUCAGUUACUUGGAUAAUAUGAAUCAACUUCUAGAAGUGGGAACCUGAUAAUUAUGAUGUCACAUGAACGCAGCAUAACUCUAGCAAAACACAUCACACCUUGAAUUGAUUUUGAUUGGCUCUCAUUAUAGAGGGACUUCAAUGUGGCCAAUCAAGACCAUGUAUUUUACAUGGCAUGGGUGGACCUCCACCAGCAGAUUUACCUCAUUUGUAUGAGAGUUUGAUUUUUCAGCCAAUCAGGGUUCAGGCUGACGAGGAAUUAAAUUCAGUUUUUAGUGUAACUACGUUACUUCUGCUAAAUAUCACGAUGCGAAACGGAAAUCCAACAGAACAAAAUGGGACAUUUAAAAUUCAGAAGCAAGUUUGAUUUGUUUUUCUAUUGAAGCAGUCAUGUGAGAACUGACUGUAAAUGCCAGCAAUACUCUUCAGUUUUUAAGAUUAUAUUUUUUGUGUCGUCUAACUUCUCAUUGCCUCGGUGCUUCCUUGUUUUACUGUGGAUCCUUGAGGCUCCUGUAGAGUAUUGACAAAUAACCAACAACCAAACCUAGUCCUCAAGUGAGACAAACAUGCAUGUGUCCCCUUCACACAAAUGACAAACACCAGCUUACCACUCAGCAGUACUCAUUUAACGUACAAGACCUACGUCCCUUCACAGAGCUAUCGUGCUUUCCCAUAGUCCAGCUGCUACGAAAGAUGUUACUUAAAAAAAACAAACCUGCACGGAGGAAGAAGUGUGAGGGUCUGUCUUGGUGUUCUUGUUGUGUCAGCACGCCAAGGAGGGGGGGGUGGGGCUGCUAAAUUAUCGAUGAUUACCUUGUUAUAUAUUUAGCGGACUUGUCAAGAACUCUGCGCAGACAGGACAGCACAGUGAACUUUCUGAACUUGAAUUGCAAAUUUUGAAAAAGAGCAACAAAAAAAAAAGAAACAGCUGAAGUGACGUUCCGUGAUAUUGUCUGUAUGUUACUUACUCGUAAAUGAUUAUUUCAAAAAGCCGCUGGACGUGGACCAGUGGAGCUGUAUGUUGACUAAAAACGCUCUAAUAGCCAUUCUUCUGACUGACCUGGGAUUACAUUUAUAUUAAAUGUUCUGGUCCCAAGUUCUGCGAUUCCUCAAUGUGUAUAUAUAUAGGAAGAGAUCAUAUAAAGAUGUAUACAGUGGGAAGGUUUCCAGAUGAACUGAGUCCUUACUCUGGAGCAGAGAAAACACAUGCAGACAUUUUUUCUGUCCUUUCAUUAGUUUAUGCAUGUGCCCGUACACCAUGCUCUCCUUUUGCUGUGAGUGCGACCUUUAGCUCGAGACCCUGCGGGGCGCAAAAGGCAGAUGUUUCCACCUCAAAUCCAGUGUAAACAUUCAGUCCAUCUGGGCGCCGGAGGAUUUCCUGAAGAUGUUUUUAUUUUUCAAUCGUUAUUUUGUCGUUGUUGAGAUUUAACACAUUUUAUUGCUUUUGCCGUGCCUAUGAAGAAAAUCUCCCUCAUGUGUUUACUGUGAAAUUUUUCAUGUAGAAAUGAGCUAGUAGAAACUGUGAUACUGUCUCGUCCUGUGCAUUUUGCUGUAAAUUCUUUCUUCUCUUGAGUGAAGGGAAUGAGGAGUGUGUGUGUGUGUGUGUGUGUGUGUAUGGGUGGGUGUGUGUGUCAGUGUCAACUAGAUUAGGGAGUCCAUGUCCAUGUUUUUCGUCGAUGGUUGUGACAUUCCAGCAGCAGCCACCACCUUUUCUAUUAUCCAAAGCCUCUCAAUAAACAUAUCA